GCAUAUAAAACCCCGCGCGCCCGGCCGGGGCCUGCAGCCACACCAGAGCCAAAGCCAACAAGAAGAGAGAAGCCACCAUCACCAGCACGGCAGCAGAGAGAGAGACCGUGGACGGAGCGAUCGAUGAUGGCGGCGGCGAAGGCGCUCCCCUCCCUGGUCCUCGUCCUGCUGCUCGCCGUCGCGUCUCAGGAGGCGGCGGCGACCAUCACCAAGCGCGACUUCCCCCCGGGGUUCAUCUUCGGCACCGGCUCCUCCGCCUACCAGAUCGAAGGCGCGGUCGCGGAGGACGGGAGAAAACCCAGCAUCUGGGACACGUUCACACACUCAGGCCACUCUGUCGACGGUGCCACUGCUGACGUGACUGCAGAUCAGUACCAUAAGUACAAGGAAGAUGUAAAGCUUUUGAGCGACAUGGGAGUCGAUGCCUACAGAUUUUCAAUUGCCUGGCCUCGCCUUAUUCCCGAUGGCCGUGGAGCUGUCAAUCCAAAGGGACUGGAGUACUACAACAAUCUUAUCGAUGAACUCCUGGCUCAUGGAAUCCAGCCUCACGUCACGAUAUAUCAUUUCGACUUCCCUCAGGCUCUUCAAGACGAAUACAACGGGAUGCUUAGUCGCAAAUUCAUAGAUGACUACACAGCGUAUGCAGAAGUGUGCUUCAAGAACUUCGGCGACAGGGUGAAAUACUGGAGCACUGUCAAUGAGCCAAACAUCGAGCCGAUUGGCGGGUACGAUCAGGGUAUCCUCCCACCGCGGCGAUGCUCAUUCCCCUUCGGCGUCCUCAGUUGCGACAACGGCAACUCUACCACAGAGCCAUACAUAGUAGCUCACCAUCUUCUGCUUGCACAUGCCUCAGCAGCUUCCCUGUAUAAAGAGAAGUAUCAGGCCAAGCAAGGAGGAAAUAUUGGACUCACAUUGCUCGGUUGGUGGUACGAGCCUGCGACACAAACACCUGAGGAUAUAGCAGCAGCUGAAAGGAUGAACGACUUUCACAUUGGAUGGUAUAUGCAUCCGUUGGUGCACGGAGAUUACCCCCCAGUGAUGAGGAAGAAUGUUGGGUCCAGGCUACCAUCAUUCACCGACGAAGAACUGAAGAGGCUGCUCGGAUCUUUCGAUUUUGUCGGAUUUAACCACUACAUUGCGGUAUAUGUGAAGGCUGAUCUUAGCAAGCUGGAUGAUGAGCUGAGAGAUUACAUGGGCGAUGCAGCCGUGAAAUAUGACAUGCCAUUUUUGAAGAAGAACCAGCUCCUGUUUGGGUUGAAAAGCGAUUUCAUGACAUCGACACCGUGGGCUCUGAAGAAAAUGCUGGAGCAUCUCCAGCUCAAAUACAAGAACCCUAUAGUCAUGAUCCAUGAGAACGGAGCUGCUAGCAUUGCUGAUCCCUCUGCUGGGAACGCCCCCGACGACGAGUUCAGGUCGCAGUACCUGCAGGAUUACAUCGAGGCGACCCUCGAAUCCAGCAGGAACGGGUCGAACGUGCAGGGCUACUUCGUGUGGUCGUUUCUGGACGUGUUCGAGUAUCUGUUUGGCUACCGCAUGGGCUUCGGCCUCUAUGGCGUCGACUUCAACUCCGAGGAGAGGACGAGGUACCAGAGGCACUCCGCCAAGUGGUUCACCGGCUUCCUCCGUGGCGGCGAGCUGAGGCCGGUGGCUCUCCCCGGCCAGGCAUAUUCCCAGUGAUCUUGGCACACUUCUUCAUGCUUCUGUAGCACACGGAGAGGAGGAUGGACGACGAAUAAGCCUGGGAAGAUGGUUGGGUGUUGUUUUUGGAUGGUAACUGAAUUUUGCUUGGGCAGCAGGGUUUAUAUACAGGUCUCUGCUUCUUUGGGUUUGAUUGUUCCUAAAUGUAUAUGUCUGUGUUGAUGUAUAUGCGGAAAAUAUUAAUAUGUCGAUAUACAAGGUGUUGGAUCUAGUCAGCAGUUCGAGAUCGAAA